AUGGCGUUGGUGUCUGCGAACCCAUCUAGUAGUCACCCCGACCUGCACACUGUACAUGCGCGUCUAAAGCACAUUCACACCGCUCUGGCGUCCUACCAGCCCAUCCACGCCGAACCUCCUGUCAUCGACUCAACUACUGAUCAAGAAUCCACAAACCAAGGCCAAUCGACGACAAAGGAGGGAGUUCCAGGACUGAGAUUCCUGCGUGAAGAAGUCAAGAGAGAUCUGGAUGUCUUGACCAAAUUCCUUGCGGGGGAAGACGCACGGCAUCAGCCUCCACUAUCAACCAACGCACCCUAUCUUAUUGCCGUGUGGAACGAGCUACUCACAGCACGUCCCGUUGUGCAAUCUGUGUAUAAGAACUUCUUUCCUAGCGAUCCUCAUCAAGAUGAUAAGAACAACAAGUCUUCCAGGGCUGAGAGGAGGAAGCAACGCGGAACAUGGACUGGAGUGAAGGUAGACAUCGUCGCCGACAGUGGCAAGGAGUGGAUACGGGUCAACACUAUCAAGAAUGCACGCAUCCUAGUCGAGUUCCGCGAACAGGAUUCCUAUCUCACCAGCUCGGAGUCGGAGAGCGACGAUGAGCCACGUAACUCGGUCCAUCGCGCCAACGGACUUCGCCCUCCAGCCCUCGACAACUCCGUGCUUAAGAUGGCUCGUGCUCUCCUUGCAGCUGCCCAGGAUAACCCCGUGCCUGGGACUGGUGGAACACCUAGGGUGACUCUCCGCCUCACGCGACUCAGCCCCGAGCCCGCGCCAGGCAGCGGUGAAGCUACGGAUCCACGAAUAGGGAAAACCAUUGAGACAUUGCAAGAGAUGGGUAUCAAUGUGUUACUCGGCGAGGGAUCAGGCCCCGAUGACUCUUCGUUGGCACCGCAUUCCGAGCCGGUAGCUUCUUCUAUGACACGCGAAGUCACUCCUCGGCCUACGCGUUGCAUCAACCUCGACCUUUCCUUUGUCAUUGCGCUCAUCUCCGACAUCACCCACUCCCCCGUGCCAUCUACGGAAGAAGAAGCACAAGAGCGUUAUGUCCCGUCCCAGCGGUAUCGCGACUGGAAAAUCAAACGUCUCCAACAACUCAGCACUACCAGUGACCCCACCCAUAGCACUGAUAGCUUAGUGAACGAUGAGUCUUCGCAGCAACGUUGGAACGGCGAUGACACGACUAUCCACUCCCGCGCCCUCGCAGCACAGGCAGUCCAAGAGAUUUACCGUGGGCUCUUGCAAGAUGUGCAGGAGCGGCUUUCCAGUAUCUAUCCCGGCCUUGACAGUGUUGAGUUCUGGAUGACCUGGGAGGCACGCCGGAGGUGUCUUCAGAUCGUCGGUAAAAUCGGCGGGUUGCGGGAGAGACUGCGUGCUGCAGCGCUUUUUCCGCCCUCGAGCAACGUAGGUGAUGAAGGGGAUACAGGUGUGCCCGUCGACGACGAGCUCAUGAAGCAGUACUGGGCUACUUCGCGAUAUGCGCAAGGGUUACUGCCUAUCUUGCCCAUUCGGUUCUUCCCGAGUGCGCUCCCUCCUGAAGUGAACUCAGCAGACGACAGUGCACAGACCCCACCACCAUUCUUUCGCGCCCUCGAAAACACAUGCCGCACUCUCCUUGCACCCGACGAAGUCCUCGCCCUCGGCUCUACCGAUCCUCCACUCCCCUCAGCGUCCUCCCCUCCAUACUCGGAGGACGCAGCUCCACCAGCCGUCAACACCGACAACGCCCAAGAAGAACCAGGAGAAAUACCUGCAGCAGCCGUCCUGCGCUCCUGCCCGCGGCUGACCGUGCACACCGUGCAGAGCCUCCUCUGGGGCGCGGCGCGCGGCUGGACGACGCUGACGACGAACCGCUCGAGCGUGCGCACGGUCCUCCGCGAGGUGCGCCGCGCGACGGGAGACUCGUGGUUCAGCUACCAUAGCGAGCCGCCCGCUCGCGGGCCGCUGGAUGGCUCGACGAGCGCUGCAGACGCUGCGAUCUGGAUUGCGGACCCGCGCAGUCUCGCAGAGGGGAUGCGGUCGGAUGCGGGUGACUUCAACGGUGAAGUCGACGUAGAAGCGUGAUGCACGGGGGAGAGGCGGGAGGAUAGUUAGGUUAUCGAGUACCAUUCGAUGUGUAUACCCAUGUGUACAAGAAAGAAUGCUAUGUGCAAUUCUAGAGGUAGCAACAAGCAAAGGAUCAAAUGUAUACGUAGGACCUUCAACAAGCAGCACAGAAAACAGAAGAACAAGAUAAGCUGGACACUGAUACUCGAAUAAAGUCCUUGUGCAGCGCGACGAGCUUACGCGUCAGAGGCACAUACACGUACAAUGGGCGGGUGGGUGACUACAAAAACGUGGCAAAAAAGGUGAUGUAGAGUAUACGAUGAAUGAUAUGUCCGUCUGUCCGUCCGUGCGUGGAGUGAAAACAAGUAUAUCAAGCACGAUGAGAAGAAUGAACACAACGAAGCCGAAAAGGGGGGUGGGCAGUCUAGCUUAACUCGAGUCGAGAUCUGGAGCCGAGCGCUACCGCCGCCGCACAGACGUAGGCGUGCCCGACCGCGCAGUGAGCGGCGUCCCCGGAUCCGCAUCGUCAUACUCCGUAUCCUCGCCACUAUCGUCCUCGCUCUCGGCUGUGUUAUAUCCUCCGUGAUGACCAUGACCGUGGCCGUGGAAGCUCUGCUCCGCCGUCGCAAACGAGCUGACCGAGUUGGCCGUGCUCGCGCGCGACGCCGCCCUCAUCUGGGGCUCGAAAUCCGGGUUCCGGCGGGUGCUCGCGUUGGCGUUGGCGUUGGCACUGACAUUGCCCGUCUUUAACGCCCCGAACUCGAGCGGACUUGGCAAGCCGUUGUGAGCCACGGUCCUGACGGACCGUGUCGACAGUGGACGAGCGGGCUCUGUCGUGCGCUGCGGGAACGCGGAGCGCGUCGAGGUGAUGGAUGAGUUGCGUUCGGGGAAGUUCGUGUUAACGUAUGAAGGCGUGGGUCCAGGUACAUGUGCGGAUGGGGGCGGGGCGAUUGCAGGAGGGGAGGAUGAUGCAGGACGGCCAAUGAUGGUGGUCCGGCGCGAGGGGCUCGAGGUCUCAGCUACAGGAGAAGGGGACGAAGCGAUGAUGGUAGUCCGUCGGGACGGCGAAGCAGGCGAGGGAGCAAUGAUAGUCGCCCGCCGGGAAGGGGAGGUGAUGUCGGAAGCGGCGAUGGACGCAGUCGAGCGGUGCGACGGCGCAUGAGCGAGCGACUUGGCGAUCGAGUUCGUCGACAUGGUCGACAUCCGACGCGCGACAGGGUCAGCGCUGUCGUCGCUGAUGCUAUUAAGCCGGGUCACCAUCGAGCGGACGGAGCUAUUCCGCUGCACGGGCGAGGUCGGGUUCGAAUUUGAAGGUGACAUGCCCUCGGCGACACGCACGCUCUCGACAGGUGACAGUGGUGCAAAGGGAGGAAGAAUUGGCGGACCGAACGCGAGGUCUGAAUCAGCGCCCGACUCUUCCUGCUGCUGCGAGCUCGAAGCUGCAACCUCAACUGGCUCCUGCACCGGGCUCUCGACCACCACUGUCUCCCCAUUCUCUCCUGCCUCCUGCCCCUCCCCACCCGCGCGCUCCUCAUCCUCCUCCCCCUCAAAUGGCGGCGGCGGCACGACAUUCACCCGACUCGCCGAAUACGCAACCGCAUCAGGCCCAUACGGCACCCCAAACUUAUCCAGCGCCUCCCGGCUCGUAAUCAGCUUCACCUGCUCGGCCGUCAACAGCCCGCCCUUCGGCGCAUAAAACUCGCUCCGCCGCGCCGUGUGCGUGAGCGGGGCCGAGAUCGAGUUGAGCGAGAUCAUGGAGGGCGACGUCAUCUGCGCCGCGUGCGAGUGCGAGAGCGCGGAUAUGCUCGAGUUGGACGCGGGGUGGCGCAGCGUGCGCAGGGCCUGUGAGAGGCCGCGCGAGUGGCCCCGGCGGUGUUGGCCGGAGGGUCGUGGGUGGGGGUCAUGCGAUAAAGAUGAGGUCGUGGCGGUGGUCGCGUUCGAGAGGUUGCGCGAGUGCCCACGGUCGACGGAGAGGUUGUUGUUGUGUCCAGCAGCAGGAGUGAUGACAUUGGCCUCGAGGUCGGAGGGGAUGGGAUUCUGAUCUGAUCGCGGGACAGCAGCGGCGUUCGAGAACGGGUUCAGACGGCUAAGGAGCCCCGAGCCGCGCGAGCGGCGAUCGCGCACUGUCGCGUCCGCAUGGUCAGCAGUAGAGCCACGGCCGGAUACCGCCGCUUGUUGAAGCGCACGCGAGACCGAGAUGCGUCGCUGCGGCUCUUCGUCAUUCAGGUUGACAGACGAGAACUGGUUCAAAUUGUCCGACGACAUCGCCUCCAUGUACGACGGCGCGUCCCCGCGCGGAUCGGCCGUGUCCGCCGACAGAUUCGCCUGAUGUCCGCGCGGUCGGUCGCCGGGCUGCAGAGAAGAGGCAGUUUCGUGCGACGCCGCAGAGCUGUCCGUCGUGCUUUCCACGCUUUCAUUGGUUGGGAUCGUGCGAAGGAGGUGCGUCGUCGACGCCAUGGGCAGCGUAUCGGCCGUCGCGUGUGUCUCGACGCGGUGCAGCGCCAUAGCCUCGUCUGUCACGUCCACCUCGUCGUCUUCGUCGUCCAUAUCCAUCG